UGACAGCGCACUGGCCGGUGUAUGUGUAGUGAGAGACAGCUGUGAGGCGCAGAUACCACUGGAGCUGAGGAGAAGAGGCUAACUCAUCGGUCUGUCUUCAUAUAAAGUAGCUUGCUGUACAUAUUCCUGGGCUAGGAAGAACUCAUACCGGGACUACUUAACUGAGUCAACACAAAAACAAAAAGAAAACCGAAACAGUUUGAUGACAAAGCCGACUGAGCGGAGAUGUGUGCUGCUGUGUAUGUCCUGUCAACGGUAACGGGCUACGUGCUCACCUCUGCCCUGCUGCUGAAAUGCCCGAGCCUUUUGCACCGGAGGAAGCGAGAGACUUUCCUCAGCAGGCACAUCUCCCAUCGAGGAGGAGCAGGAGAAAACCUGGAAAACACCAUGGCAGCUUUCAAGCACGCCGUGCAACUUGGCACAGACAUGCUGGAGUUGGACUGCCACCUGACGAAAGACGAACAAGUCGUGGUUUCACAUGACUCCAACUUGCGGAGGUCCACCGGCGUCAAUGCCUACAUCUCUGACUUGGCCUACGCUGAGCUCCCUCCAUACCUCUGCAAGCUGGGUGUAACUUUUCAGAGAGAGUGUUUCUGUGAGGGGGGAGAUGACAAGCGCAUUCCUCUCCUCAGGGACGUUUUUGAUGCAUUUCCUAACACGCCUGUUAACAUUGAUAUCAAGGUCAACAAUGACACGCUCAUCAAAAAGGUGUCUGAGCUGGUUGUUAAGUACGACAGAGAGCAUCUGACUGUCUGGGGCAACGCCAGCAACCAAGUUGUAAAGAAGUGUUACAAGGAGAACCCUCAUAUUCCAGUGUUGUUCAGCCUUCCCAGAGUGUUGCAGCUGUUAGGCCUCUUCUACACAGGCCUGCUGCCCUUUGUUCCCCUCAAAGAGCAGUUUCUGGAGAUCCCCAUGCCUUCUAUUAUCACCAAACUUAAAGAUCCAAACAGAUUAACUAGGAGUCAGCGAAUCAUCACCUGGCUUGCCGACAGGUUGCUGAUGAGGAAAGCUCUGUUUCAACAUCUGACUGCCAGGGGAAUCCAGGUCUACAUUUGGGUGCUGAACGACGAUGAGGACUUCCAGAGGGCGUUCGACUUGGGAGCCACAGGAGUUAUGACAGAUUUUCCCACCAAGCUUAAAGACUUCAUGGACAGGAAUGGCAUUUCAAAGCCCCAGUGACCUGCCAAAAUCUACCUCAACUCCCCCCCGUGCCAGUGAUUAUCCUUCAGCCUGACCUGACCUGCCAAACCAAGCCCCCCCCCCAGCACACACACGCACGCACGCACGCGCACACACACACACACACACACACACACACACACACACACACACACACACAAUGCGCUCUUAAAGGACACACAUACAUUAUUAUCUCCUUUGAGAUGUGUUUUGGAGUUAGUUGUUCCCUCGCUGCGCGCACCACACAAUCAUUCAAUUUACCUAUAAAAUGGGACAAAUGGCCAUUGAAAUAUAGUGUUUGCAAGUCUUAUCAGUCUUGGAUUUAUUAAUAUAUUUAUGGCUUUUUGACUUGAAAAGGUUUUUUUUAAAGUUUACUUAAGUAGAGAACUUUUUUGCUUUAUAAUGCCUUCAAGUAAAUGACAGCGUGCAGUAUUACUGAGACAGAGUUCAUGUAUUACGCUCGUAAAAACACCAGCAAGUACAAUUUGAUGUUUUAAUGACAUGUUAAUUCACCAGAAGCUUUAAAAUGUGUCGAGGUUUGAUUCUUGUUUGUGUUUCUUUUUUUUAGUCAGACUCACACGCAAUAAUACUGUUAUGUGUUGUGAGAUAUUUUUAUAUGCGCCAGAUGAAAAAGUCGCUGCAGACACAAGUCCUCGGCUGCGUUGAGAUUUCAAAUGUCAGUGAGAGUAUGGAGGAGGGACAAGCCACUGCUUUGUAUUUACAGUUCAAAGGCACAUACAGAUAAACUAUGGACUUUUCUGUAAAAAGCAGGUUUUAUAUUUUUAAAGACAAUAGGUUGAAUGUUGUAUGGCUGUGUUGUUUGUUCAUGUGUAGCUGCGAAGUCUCUAGAUUUUCCUCUGAAUCAAACAAAAUGACUGAGAGAGAGAAAAUGUUUCUUGUUCCCUUUUCACAUGUGAUGAUGUCGUCAUGAACAGCAAUUGAACUCCUUAAUUAAGAAAUCUGAACAUUUCGAAUAUGUGUUUUACAAAAAACAGUUGAAGCACUGAUACACGUUGAAUGAUUGCUAGAUUGCAGUCACUUGAAAUUGAACCGUAUUCAAGACAGCAGUUGUUUUGCAUUUCCUUGCUGUGGGUAGAGAUCAUUAGGAUUAUCAUACCACUGACGUCCUCUAAUCCAAUCUUGUGACCACAGCGUUCAGCUUAGUGAUGAAUGUAGUAUUGCUUGAAUGUAUAAUAUAUCGUGUGGUAAUUUAAAGUCGAAACAGUAUUGCUGUUUUAUUUUCAUACGCUUGUUGUCUGACAUUUCGUGCCAGUGCUGUCAGUGAAUGGUUUCCAUGUGUGAUGACUGAUAAUUGACAUCGUUUUGAGAGUACCUGUACAUCUGAAAACAUUAUUCCUUGAAAGAAAGAUUUGUGAUCUUCCAAUCAUAUUACAGAUCUUACAUUAAUUAGCACACUUUAGAAUAUUUUUCAUUACCUGUGCUGCAUGAUUGGACAGUUGUUUUGCAUGAUUCAAUGAAUAGUUGUAAAGCUGCUGUGUUUUAAUCGGCCCUGAUUAUGACAGUCAGUGUCUGUGACCUGGCUGCUCCACACUUUAUGAAAUCACAUGUAAUUUGAUUUAAUGCAAAUUAUUGAAUAAAUCAAUAAUAUUUAACACUGCAAAA